AUGGCUCGUCAGAAGAACAACAAGCGUGUACAGGCAAAGGACCAAGUGGCUUCUUCUGAAACUUGGCCAGCGGAUGCUCAACAUGGGUCAACAAGGGAAUCGACACAAUCGUUGCCAACAAUCACCACCGUCCCCCCACACCAUCGAGGCAGCCGACAAAGAGUGGCAGACACAACCCACCUCGACGCCUACCUCGAAUACAUGCAGAUAUCACAUCCAACUGAGCAAUUGAUGACGGCUACUACUUACAAAGCCAUCGAAAAUCGCAAUUUACGACACGAUGAUAUUCGACAGCUGAUACGAGCAGUGGAAAACCAACUAGCCGGUGCCGCAACCGAUAAAAAUGCGCCAUGGCCGCCGUCUCAAGUUACAAUCCCCCCCACGUAUGCAGCAGCCGAAUCAACCUCCGCCUUAGUCACUCACGCCGGAGACUGGGCUGGCAUUGUUGACCCCUCUGUCUACGGCACUACCGAACCUUCUAGUUUCUUUUCGGACGGGCGGGGAGACAUGCCCCUCAUAACCAUCCAUCCACCCUCCACCAGGUACACACCACCUGCGGACUUUGCAGCCACAACAUCAACCAUCGGCCCAUCAGCCAUCGGCCCAUCAGGCGUUGGCCCUACCAUGCCAGUGUAA